AUGCGGAUACAAUUCCUCGCCGAACCCUUCCACCGCAUGUUCUUCCUCGACAACCUCGCCAUCAACUACCCCCACGCAGAACACGAACGCGUCCCCGUCUCCUGGCUCUUCAUCUACGCCGGCGCCGUGCCCCUCGGCGUCCUCAUCGCCUGGGCCCUUGUCCUGCGCCCCGGAACACACAAAGCGCACGUUACAAUUUUCGGCUGGUUCAUCAGCAUGAUCCUCACCAUGUUCAUCACCGACGUGAUUAAAAACGCUGUUGGCCGUCCCCGCCCCGAUCUCAUCGCUCGCUGCAAACCCGCUCCUGGCACGCCCGCACACCAACUCGUCACCUUUGACGUCUGCACCGAAACGAAUCAUCACGUUUUACACGACGGGUGGCGCAGUUUCCCAAGCGGACAUAGUAGUUUCUCCUUCAGCGGCCUCGGCUACCUCGCCCUCUUCAUCGCAGGCCAAUGCCACGUCUACCGCCCGCGCGCCGACCUCGCCCGCGUCCUCCUCGCUCUCGCACCUCUGCUUGGCGCAGCGCUUAUUGCGAUUUCUCGUUGUGAAGACUAUAGACACGAUGUUUAUGAUGUUAGUGUGGGGUCCGUGUUGGGUAUGGCUGUGGCGCAUUAUACGUAUAGGAGGUAUUAUCCGGCACUGCGCAAUCGGGGGUGUGCGGACCCGUUUCCUAAUCCUGCGGAUGAGAAGGGCUGGGGGAAGGUUAAGGGGGAUGAGGAGAGUUUGAGGAAUGCGGAGGAGUUUGAACUGAGUGAUCUGGAGGAGGGGGAUGAGGAGGGGAGGAUGUUGAAUGGGCGGCGGUGA